CAGCUGACACGUCAAAUGGUUAUACAUAUAGAGAAGAUAUACUGCACGACUACACACGCACAGUUAUCCAAAACGGGAAGCCCGGUACUUAUACGCAAUUGAGGAUCAGCGAGAGUACUGCGAGACUCGCAAUAUGUUUACAUAUCGCUUUUGUAACUUUAAAACGGUGUUUUGCAGAUCGUGAAUUAUACAAGAGAACAUGGUUUGUCUCACUAAACCAUGGACUCAUCUCGCGGUGGUUAUCCGUCGUAUGUCAUAAAGCGAAACUCGAUAUUUAUACGUAAAGAUGCCACGUUUAACUAUGCUGCCGCGAACUUCGCGGAUCGUUGCUCUAUGUUCGGCAGCAAACUUUAUCAACGCUGCGGACAGAGUUAUCAUGCCUAUUGCCAUAGUUCCCAUGACCGAUGAGUUCAAGUGGAACCUUCACUGGCAAGGAUGGAUUCUCUCUGCGUUUGCAUUUGGCUACUUUACAAGCCAGAUCAUUGGAGCCAGUACAGCCAAUCGUUUUGGAUGCAAAACUGUUUUGAUGGCAGCUGUGCUGCUUUGGUCGAUAAGCACAGUCAUAACGCCACUCUUAGCACAGUCUAUUCCAUUGCUUAUAUUAACCAGGGUAAUUCUUGGGCUUGGUGAAGGCCUAGGUUUACCCGUUAUAUUCCACUUGUUUGCCCAUAGUGUGCCAGUAGAAGAGAGAUCUCGAGCAUUUGGAUACCUAGUUGCUGCAGGAUCUGUUGGCCAAGUUGUGGCAUCAAUUUUAUGUCCGCACUUGGCAUGGCAAACUGGUUUUUAUUUAUUUGGAUCAAUUGGUAUCUUAUGGACUAUGCUGUGGUCAAUAUUAUAUAAAGAAACUAAUUCACAGGAUGAAAUACCAUUAUUUUUACCCAAGGUAUCUCAAAAUAGAGCUUUACGAUGGACUGAAUUCAUUACUCAUUGGCCACUCUGGGCCUUAUACAUAGCACAUUUUGCUAUGAACUGGAGUAAUUACAUUAUUAUGCAAUGGUUACCAACUUAUCUUUCAAGAAAUUUAUCAGCCAACAAAGAAAGUAUAAGCUUAACAGCUUUACCAUACAUUGUCAAUUCACUCAUUGGCAUUGCUGCGGGACAUAGCGCCGACAAUCUCAUACAGAAACGAUGGUCAGUCUUGUCUGUACGAAGACUGAUGACCAACAUUGGUUUAAUUGGUCCAGGAGCAUUUUUAUUAGCUUUUUGUGCAGUUGAUAACUUAUUACUAGCAGUGAUAUUUGUCUCUAUAUCAAUGGGAUUAUGUGCAUGCAAUUCUUCUGGACAUCUAAGCAACCAUGCCGAUGUUGCGCCAAAUCACGCUGGUAUAACAUUUGCUGUAUCCAACACUAUUGCAACAAUACCUGGAAUUCUAUGUGGACCACUUACAGCUGAAUUAGUAACUGCAUCACAUGGUCGAUGGAUGCCUGUAUUUGUUCUGGCAGCAGCGAUCAAUUUUACCGGAGCCAUAAUUUACCAAAGUCACAGCUCAGCGCAGCCAGUAUUGUGAUAUACACAAAUGAGAUCGGAGUGGAUGAUCGACUCGCCAAAUCCUCUGAAGGAGCCUUGUGUUUACUAAACGGAUAGCAAGAAACUUUGAGUGUCUUCAUGAAAAUCAAAUUUUGACACGAAUGUUUGGUACAAAAAAAGGGGGAAAAAACAAAAAGAUAUUCGUUAGGCAUAUCAUGCAAAAGACAUUUGAGUGUUGAAAAGAUUUAAAUCUUGACAAGAUCAAACGAAAGUACGAUCAAUUAGUUCGUGAUAAAAAUAAAACCUAUCUUUAUUUUGCAGAAGAUUUUUGUAUAUUCUGUGACAAAAUGCCGUGUACAUAAUAUAAAUUGUAACAUCGUAAAUUACAUUUUUUAAAAGGACCUAAAUUUUUAAAAACUAUUUUGAGGUGCUAUAACUUUUGAUAUUGUAUUAGUUCCUACCAUAAAAUAUACUUUUUCAACUGUAGUUAUGAUUAAUUUCAAUAAUAUAUAAGAAUAACACAAAAAUA